AUGGUGAGCAUAUCUCAUACCCCUAGAGCCCGCUACCAAAAUCUACUAAGCCCUACCUUACCUUACUCUGUCCACGCCGACGCCUCAAACUUCGCCAAUGGCGUGACAAAGGAGGAGGCCUACGAGCAGGUUCUCAUGCAAGCCGAAGGCCUCCUCGACGGUCAAAGAAACUGGGUCGCGUAA